CAAAAGCCUGCGGGGCUUCUGUACCGCGCGAGCGCUUCUGGGAUAGGGAUGGGGUCUCCGGGAGCUUCGGGUUGGUCUCUGUUGCUCCCCAGCGCGUCCGGUUCCCCAAAGAAGAGCACGGAUGGGGAGACUGGGGCUGCGAAGAGGAAGCAGCGAGUUCUAGAUGAGGAAGAGUAUAUCGAGGGCCUCCAGACAGUCAUCCAGAGGGAUUUCUUUCCUGAUAUAGAGAAGCUACAGGCACAGAAGGAGUAUCUAGAAGCUGAGGAAAAUGGAGACUUGGAACGAAUGCGCCAGAUUGCCAUCAAAUUUGGCUCUGCUGUGGGCAAGAUGUCCCGAGAGCCUCCGCCACCUUAUGUGACUCCAGCCACAUUUGAAACCCCUGAGGUACAUGCAGGUACUGGAGUGGUAGGCAACAAGCCCAGGCCCAGGGCUGGAGUCCUGGAGGAAGGAGAGGCUGGAGAGGAGGAGGAAAAGGAGCCACUGCCCAGCCUGGAUGUCUUCCUGAGCUGCUACACAAGCGAAGACAAUGCCUCCUUCCAGGAGAUCAUGGAGGUGGCCAAGGAGAAAAGCCGGGCCCGCCAUGCCUGGCUUUACCAGGCUGAGGAGGAAUUUGAGAAGAGGCAGAAAGAUAAUCUUGAACUCCCAUCAGCAGAGCACCAGGCCAUCGAGAACAGCCAGGCUGGCGUGGAGACCUGGAAAUACAAGGCCAAGAAUUCCCUCAUGUACUAUCCAGAGGGUGUCCCUGAUGAAGAGCAGCUGUUUAAGGAACCCCGGCAAGUGGUGCAUAAGAACACUCGCUUCCUUAGGGACCCCUUCAGCCAGGCUCUGAGCAGAUCCCAGCUGCAGCAGGCAGCUGCCCUCAAUGCCCAGCACAAACAGGGCAAGGUCGGCCCUGACGGCAAGGAGCUCAUUCCCCAGGAGUCCCCCCGAGUAGGCGGAUUCGGGUUUGUUGCCACCCCUUCUCCUGCCCCUGGUGUGAACGAGUCCCCGCUGAUGACCUGGGGGGAGGUAGAGAACACACCGCUGAGAGUUGAAGGGUCAGAGACCCCCUACGUGGACAGGACACCAGGGCCGGCCUUCAAGAUCUUGGAGCCUGGCCGCAGGGAGCGCCUGGGCCUGAAGAUGGCCAAUGAGGCUGCUGCCAAGAACCGGGCCAAGAAGCAAGAAGCCCUGCGGAGAGUGACAGAGAACUUGGCCAGCCUCACACCCAAAGGCCUGAGUCCAGCCAUGUCCCCAGCUCUGCAGCGGCUUGUGAGCAGGACAGCCAGCAAGUAUACGGAUCGUGCCUUGCGGGCCAGCUACACACCAUCCCCAGCGCGCUCAACUCACCUUAAGACCCCGGCUGGUGGGCCUCACACCCCCACAAGCACACCAGUUCCUGGCUCUGCCCCACGCACACCCCUCACACAAGACCCAGCCUCCAUCACGGACAACCUGCUGCAGCUCCCUGCCCGCCACAAAGCCUCAGACUUCUUUUAGAGCCAGCCUGGGCUGGGCCCACGCAUCCUCAGUGGACUCCAGCCCCUGGGGACCAAGGCUGGGCCCAAGGGUGGUCGAUCAUCACAGGAGCAAUGACAGUGCUGUGCAGCAGCCAGGCUGGCACAGGACACGCACCACUCCCUUUGGGGCGCUGCACCGGUGCUGCCUCCUAGAGCCUUGGUGGAACUGUUUUCUAUUUAACGCCUACCUGAACUGUCAUGGCAGAGUUACUGGUACAGGGCCGGGGAUUUAGCUUAGUGGCAUCGCGCCUGCCUCACAAGUGCAAGGUCCUGAGUUUAAUCCCCCGUACAAAAGAAAAGCAAAGAAAAAGGAAAAGGAAAAAGAAAACCUGCUUUUCCAUCCCUUGCCGUGAAUCUGGGCCCCAGGGCCAACCUUGAGAUCUCCAUCAAAGUCUGAGGAGUUGAGGGCUCCUGGAAAGGCCCCCAGCGGGUGGGGAAGCUGUGGUGGUUCCCAGAACUGCCUUCCGAGCUGAGCUAGCUGCACAUUCCUCCUUUCCCCGAGAGAAGAUGUCACUGGACAGAGUCUGAGCUGGUUUACAGAGCUGAACCGAGGAAUCUUACCCACAUAGAGUUUGCAGGCUUACUGACUCCUGUUGCAGAAAAAGAAUUUUCAGGACUAGUCAGGAAGACGUACAGAGAGGGUCUGUUAGGCGGAAAUUUUAGUACACAAGAGUGGAUGGGCCAGGGAUGUGGCUCAGGGGCACAGCGCCUGCCUGGCAAGUUCAGAGUCCUGAGUUUGAUCCUUAAUUGGUGGAGGGUGGGCAGAGCUCAGUCAUGCAGAGAAAUGAAGUGAAUUGUUUCCUGAACAGGGAAUAUUCAUGCUUUCUUAGAGUUGAAAUCCUGGGAAAAGGUGGCCCACCCCCCCGGAAGGGUACUAGCCCCGUUUAAAAAAAAAAAAGAUGGAUAAUUUAAACAUUCUUUGGAUUCUCUCCUCUUCCUUUAUCUUUAGAUCUUUCUCAAAGCAAUUUAUGGACUUUCGGUAUUUCUGAGGAAUUUUGGGUGUGAUGGGUCUGGUACAGAAGGAGCCUAAAUAGGAAUGCUGAUAAUGGAUUGCCUUGGGUAACUGGCUGGGUCCUGGGAGUUGCACUCCUGUUUUGUUUUUUCUGGUACCGGGGAUUGAACUCGGGUCCUUGCGCUUGCAAGGCAGGCC